AUGAACUUUGAUUUGAAUGAAGCUCCCUUUGAUGAUCUCGGAGAUGAAGAUAGGUGUGUAUAUGUUGAAGAUUCUGUGGAUGUUGAAGAAGUCAGACAUGUUGACGAUUUUGAAGAUGUUGUACAUGUUGAAGAUGUUGAAGAAAGUGAGCAAAGUUUACCAGAUGAUAAUGAAAAUUUGGAUGAUGGACAGUUUGAACCCCAUUUGAAUUCAGAUUCAGAUGCAAAUCUGAAUGAUGAAGAUUUUGAUUUGGUGGAUCAAUUUGAAACAAAAUUUCAACCAGGGGAACCCGUGCCAGAUCCUGAUACAGCUUACCUUCUAUAUUGUGAGUACGGAAGACUUAAGGGCUUUAGCGUGACAAGACGUAACCAAGAUUACUUCACAGGCACUAAAAUAUGGCGUUUCAAAGAAUUUGUUUGUUCCUGCAAUGGCAAGAGUGAUUGCAAAGCAUCUGAUGGAAGGAUGCCAACUUACAAGAAGCAAGUUCAGAGGUGUUCGUGUAAGGCAAAGCUAAGAGUGUCACGCAAGUGGGAGAAGGAAUGGAAAGUUUCUUCAUUCUACACAGAGCACAAUCAUGAAUUAUUUCCGACUCAGCAAUCUUAUUUGCUACGAUCAGCGCGUAAUUUGUCGACUUAUAAGAAAUCUUUGCUAGAAGCCAUGCAGUCAGUCGGCAUUAGCAUUGCUAAGGCUUGUAGAUUCAUGGAGAAGGAGUCCGGCGGUCCUCAAAAUUGUGGUUUUACUAGGAAGGAUGCAUAUAAUCACAUUAAUGGGCUUAAGAUGAAGACGAAAGUAGAGAACGGUGAUGCAAAGUGCCUUGUUGAAUAUUUUACGACGAAGGCAAAUACAGAACCAUUCUUCUAUUGGGACUUUGAACUUGAUGAUGAGGGCCGACUUCUUAAUUUCUUCUUCAGAGACACACGCAGCUCGUUGGACUAUGAGUAUUUCGGCGAUGUCUUAUCUGUGGAUAGUACAUAUCGGACGAACAAGUACAAACUUGUUUGUGUACCUUUUGUUGGUGUCAACCACCACUUGAAUAAUGUGAUGUACGGAAUGGGUUUUUUAUCAGAUGAAACUAGCCGAUCGUAUGAAUGGCUACUUACUACUUUUUGGGCGAGCAUGUCUUGUAAAGAACCAGAGGUGAUUUUUACAGAUCAAUGCCAAUCUCUUAUGAAUGCAGUUGAUAUCGUAUUUACAACUUCUAGUCAUCGUCUUUGCCAAUGGCAUAUCAAUCAGAACGCGCCAUCUCAUUUCGGAAAACUGAACGGGAGUUCUAUCUUCAAGAAAGCUUGGUUUCAUUGUAUGAAUGGCUGUGAUACGGCUGGCGAAUUUGAAGAUGCGUGGAAAUCUAUGAUUGAUCAGUAUGCGCUUGGUGAUCAUAGAUGGUUUAACACCAUGUACGGUUUGAAGACUAGAUGGUCAUCUGCAUUUACGAAUCACCGAUUCUGCGCCGGCCUACAUGCUACAUCACGUAGUGAGAAAUACAGAUUGAGUGGCGUCGAAAAGAAACUGAAGAGGAUGCACUUUGCAUAG